AUGUCCCAAGGUACUUUCAUCAGCACAGGUUUGCUAGCCGUGGCUGUCUUCGCUGCGCAUGCCAAUGCGUUCUGGCGUUUGCCAUGCGCAUCCCCCGUCAUUGUAGAGCGAGCAGACCCAAUCAUGGACCCAGGAAUCGUCUCUACGCAUGCGCAUACGGUUAUGGGCUCCAAUGCCUUCAAUUUUACGAUGAACUAUGCAGGUACACAGGCAGCAACCUGUUCGACCUGCAAGGUUAAAGAGGAUAUGUCGAAUUACUGGGUUCCCAACUUAUACUUUCAUGCCGAAAAUGGCAGCUUCAUUCCGGUCAAGCAGUCUGGAGGGGCUCUUAUAUACUAUUUGCAGCGUCAAGAUGAAAAAGACCCCGAAUUUGACAAGGGGCUCGUAGCAUUUCCAAAAGACUUUCGAAUGAUCGCCGGCAACCCCAACAAUCGAAAUCACAGCAACUCUAUCGAGCAGUCCGCUGUAUCAUUCGUAUGCCUGGGAAUCACAGAGCCAGCCAGCCCCGAGCUUCCAAAACAUAAUUGCCCCAAUGGUCUCCGUACCCAGCUGGUCUUCCCAUCAUGCUGGAAUGGGAAUGAUCUCGACUCCCCAGACCAUAAGAGUCACAUGACUUAUCCGACCCGCACAGAUUCGGGAUCUUGUCCAUCAUCACACCCCAAGCGGUUCAUUACUAUCUUCUACGAGGUGACCUGGAGCGUCGAUGACUUCAAAGAUAUGUGGUAUGGCGAUAAGCAGCCCUUCGUUUUCUCCCACGGUGAUCCUGACGGCUAUGGCUACCACGGCGACUUCUUGAAUGGCUGGGAUGUAGACAUCCUGCAGAAAGCCAUCACUGAAUGCACCGACAAUAGCGGUGUGGUGGAGAAAUGCGGCGCUUUUCAGUUUCGCGAGGAGACAGAAAUGACAGGCUGCAAAGUUCUGCCCAGGGUCCAUGAGGCGUACGAUGGGAUACUGGCUGCUCUUCCGGGGUGCAACCCGAUUCAAGCUGGACCGGAUCCAGUAGUCAAGCAGGCAAACUGCGAUGCAGUGUCUGAGAUUGGCGACCCGAUACUCCCAUUCACCGAUAUCUCAAAGUCACUGAAGUGGAAGUACGUUGGCUGUGUUUCGGACCCGGCAGGCCAGAGCCGCACCCUCGAUGGGGCCCAGCAGGAUGAACCUGAUAUGACAGUAGAUGCUUGCAUCAAGUACUGCGACGGAGCCGGAUACAGCCAUGCAGGUGUCGAAUAUAGAACACAGUGCUUCUGCGGAAAUAGUGUGGCUCCGGACCGUAUGCCUUCCAAUGGAACGAUGGGUGUUUGUGAGUUCAAAUGUGGUGGUGACGCGAAGCAGAUCUGUGGCGGCUAUGGGCAGGCCUCUGUCUAUCAGAGAUGCAGCUCCGAUGACUGCAUAAAUGCCAAGAUGAUGUAG